GAUCUAAAUAAUUAUUAAACACUGUAUCCCUGAAAGUUCUUCCAAUGUACCGACAUUUGUAACUCAGUUUUCUUACGGCCCAAGUCGAGAGAAGGCUCCAGACUGCUCUACAUCCUUCCGCCGCCGCCGCCGGUAUCUCUCUCUCUCUCUCCUUCUCACAUCUUCACUAUUUUCCCUUGGCCCCAUCUCCCGAUAGAAAAGCCCUAGCCUUGCCAGAAAGUCUUCUCGCUUGUAUAUUGAGACGAUUUCGAUUUUCCACUUCCUGGAAAUGGCGGCCGCUGUUCUACUCAGGUCUCUCCGCCGCCGCGACCUCCCCUCUGCUUCUCUGUCUGCCUACAAAUCACUGACUGGAAAUGGAAAACCAUCAUGGGCUACCUCGAAUUUGAGUCACAGAUGGGCAACACUGGCGAGACCAUUUAGCUCAAAGCCUGCUGGCAGUGAUGUUAUUGGUAUUGAUUUGGGUACUACGAACUCAUGUGUUGCAGUGAUGGAGGGCAAGACUCCCAAAGUGAUUGAAAAUUCCGAGGGAUCUCGCACCACACCGUCAGUGGUUGCAUUUAAUCAAAAAGGGGAGCUUCUUGUGGGCACGCCAGCCAAACGUCAAGCAGUAACCAAUCCAACAAAUACACUUUUUGGGACCAAGCGUCUCAUUGGCAGACGUUUUGAUGACCCCCAAACACAAAAAGAAAUGAAGAUGGUCCCCUACAAGAUAGUUAGAGCUCCAAAUGGAGAUGCUUGGCUUGAAGCCAACGGGCAGCAAUAUUCUCCGAGCCAGAUUGGAGCAUUCGUUCUUACCAAGAUGAAAGAAACUGCUGAGUCCUAUCUUGGGAAGACAAUCACAAAAGCUGUGAUCACUGUACCUGCUUAUUUCAAUGAUGCUCAGAGACAAGCAACAAAAGAUGCUGGUCGAAUUGCUGGCCUUGAUGUGCAGAGAAUCAUUAAUGAGCCAACUGCUGCUGCACUUUCCUACGGUUCGAACAAUAAGGAGGGUCUUAUAGCAGUUUUUGACCUUGGUGGUGGAACCUUUGAUGUUUCCAUACUAGAGAUAUCUAAUGGUGUCUUUGAGGUGAAAGCAACAAAUGGUGAUACAUUCUUGGGAGGAGAGGACUUUGAUAAUGCUCUGUUGGAGUUCUUAGUGAGUGAGUUUAAAAGGACUGAGGGCAUUGACUUGUCAAAAGACAGGCUUGCUCUCCAGAGGCUUCGGGAAGCUGCUGAGAAGGCUAAGAUUGAACUGUCGUCAACAUCGCAGACUGAAAUCAACUUGCCAUUUAUCACAGCUGAUGCUUCUGGUGCCAAGCACAUGAAUAUCACAUUGACCAGAUCAAAAUUUGAGACUCUGGUGAACCACUUAAUUGAGAAAACUAGGCAACCAUGCAAAAGUUGUUUGAAGGAUGCUGGUAUAACAACGAAGGAUGUGGAUGAGGUUCUUCUUGUAGGAGGGAUGACUCGUGUUCCAAAAGUGCAAGAAGUGGUUGCAGAAAUAUUCGGCAAGAGCCCAAGCAAAGGAGUAAACCCUGAUGAGGCAGUUGCCAUGGGAGCUGCCAUUCAGGGUGGUAUUCUUCGUGGAGAUGUUAAGGAGUUGUUGCUCUUGGAUGUUACUCCUCUCUCCCUUGGUAUUGAGACACUUGGUGGUAUCUUCACCAGAUUAAUCAAUAGAAAUACAACCAUUCCCACAAAGAAAAGCCAGGUGUUCUCAACAGCGGCUGACAACCAAACUCAGGUGGGUAUAAAAGUACUGCAAGGCGAGCGUGAGAUGGCAUCUGACAAUAAGCUCUUGGGUGAAUUUGAGCUCGUGGGCAUCCCACCGGCUCCAAGAGGUAUGCCUCAGAUAGAAGUGACGUUUGAUAUCGAUGCCAAUGGAAUUGUCACCGUCUCUGCAAAGGAUAAGACCACCGGAAAAGAACAGCAGAUUACCAUUCGUUCCUCUGGGGGUCUCUCAGACGGUGAAAUUGAGAAGAUGGUGAGGGAAGCUGAGAUGCAUGCUCAGAGGGACCAAGAAAGGAAGGCACUCAUUGAUCUCAGAAACAGCGCAGAUACCACCAUCUACAGUAUUGAGAAGAGCUUGAAUGAAUACAGGGACAAAGUCCCAGGUGAGGUGGUGUCGGAGAUUGAAUCUGCUGUUGCAGACUUGAGGAACGCAAUGGGGAAGGAUAACAUUGAUGAGAUUAAAGCCAAGCUCGAUGCUGCAAAUGCUGCAGUUUCAAAGAUUGGACAACACAUGUCAGGAGGAUCUGGUGGUGGUUCUGCAUCUGGAGGUUCUCAGGGGGGCGAUCAGGCUCCUGAAGCAGAAUACGAGGAGGUAAAGAAGUAGGGCUAGUAGUAACAAGUUUGAGAAACUGAUGAAACUUCAGUUUUUGUCCUUCCUUCCAUCUCACAGUCUUCUUUUUAGUAGUUUUGUAUCUAUAAUACCUGCAAGUGUAGUAGUUUCAACUCUUAUGUCCAUAAUGGUGAUAUGCAUGUGGGAAUCGUUUUCUUUCA